AUGGCGUCCGAACUCCCCGCCGCUGUUGAGGCACUCACGCUCCAGUCUACUACACAGACAUCGAAAUACCCAGGAUGCUUCCCCACUUUGAACCCCAUGGACAUCUAUCGUGAGCACAUUGCCGACAAGCUGAGCGAGGCCACUGGCAUCGAUGCCGAGAAGAUUUAUACCCGCCUCGCGUGGACAAAUACUUUGGACAAAGGCGACCUUGCGCUGCCGGUUGCCGCCCUCCAAAUCAAGAAGAAGCCCCAGGAGCUUGCCGAAGAGCUUGCCUCCAAAUUCCCCGAGUCCGACCUGAUCUUCCCUCCCAAGGCCAACGGCCCCCAUGUCCAAUUCUUCUGCAAGCCCGAGCCUCUUACCAAGACUGUCAUCAGCCGCAUUCUGUCCGAGAAGCAAGCGUUUGGUACAAACGGCAACCUGGGACUGAAGGACCCCUCCGACCCGUCGAAGGGUCGCAAGCGCAUUAUUCUCGAAUUUUCCUCUCCCAACAUUGCUAAGCCUUUCCACGCUGGCCACUUGCGCAGUACCAUCAUUGGCGGUUUCCUCGCCAACAUCUACACUAUCGUUGGAUGGGAUGUCAUUAAGAUGAACUACCUGGGAGACUGGGGCAAACAAUACGGUCUCCUGGCUAAUGGCUUCAAAUACUUUGGCGACGAGGAGGCUUUAACCAAGGACCCUAUCAACCACCUCUUCAACGUCUACGUCAAAGUCAAUGAGAUCGUCCGCGAACAGGAAGGUCCUAUCAAGGAGCUCAAGGAUGAGAUCAAGACCAAGAAGGAGAAGGGCGAGGAUGUCUCCGCCCAGGAAGCCAAGCUCGCUGAGCUAGUGGACGCUAGUGAGGAUGAGAAAGCCCGCCGAUACUUCAAGAGCAUGGAAGACGGUGACCCAGAUGCCCUUGCCCUCUGGCGCCGCUUCCGUGAGCUCAGUAUUGCCAAGUACAAGCAAACAUACGCUCGCCUGAACAUUGACUUCGAUGUGUACUCUGGCGAGUCGCAGGUCAAGAAGGAGAGCAUGGAGAAUGCAUACAAGGCCAUGGAGAAGGCCGGCGUGGCCGAAUCUUCCGAGGGAGCUGUGAUUGCCGACUUCACCAAGUUUGGUGCCAAGAAGCUUGGGAAGGCCAUCAUCAUCCGUAAGGAUGGAACCCCGCUCUACCUCACCCGAGAUAUUGGUGCUAUCAUCGAGCGUGACGAUGAGUACCACUUCGAUAAAAUGAUCUACGUUGUCGCUUCUCAGCAAGAUCUUCACCUGGCUCAGCUCUUCAAGAUUACUGAGCUGUCUGGCCGCAAGGACCUCUCAGACCGCUGCCAACACAUCAACUUCGGCAUGGUGAAGGGUAUGAGUACCCGAAAAGGAACCGUCAAAUUCCUGGACGAUGUGUUGCAAGAUGUCGGCGAGAAGAUGCACGAGGUCAUGAAGAAGAACGAGGCCAAGUACGAGCAGGUUGAGAACCCCGAGAAGACUGCCGAUAUCCUGGGAAUCACUGCCGUUAUGGUUCAAGACAUGACUGGCAAGCGGAUCAACGGAUAUGACUUCAACCUCGAUGCCAUGACCUCCUUCGAAGGUGACACCGGCCCCUACCUCCAAUACGCCCACGCUCGUCUCCGUUCGAUUACCCGCAAGGCCGGUAUCGACGAGAGCGAGCUGAUCUCCGCCAUCCUCGACCUCCUCACCGAGAAGCACGCUGUUGACCUGGUCCGCCUCUUGGCCACCUGGCCCGACGUUGUUCUCAACACCUACAAGACUCUUGAGCCCAUCACUGUCCUGAGUUACCUUUUCCGUAUGACCCACAUGCUUAGCUCGAGCUACGAUGUCCUGAAGGUCAUUGGCAGCGAGCCAGAGACCAUGAAGGCCCGUCUGGCUCUGUAUACCGCCGCGCGCCAGGUUUUGUUCAACGGCAUGCGCGUCCUGGGUCUUACUCCCGUCGAGCGGUUCGUCUCCCAAUCCCUCACUGGUAUCGGUUGA